AUGGCCACUCUCAAUCACACCAGCUUCACUCUCGUAAGAUGCAUCCUGGUCGGCAUCCCAGGCAUGGAGGCCUCUCACAGCUGGAUCUCCAUCCCCUUCUGCUCCAUGUACAUGAUCGCCCUGCUGGGGAAUGGCCUACUGCUCUUCAUUAUCAUCAAAGAGCAGAGCCUGCACAAGCCCAUGUACCUGUUCCUAGCCAUGCUGGCGGUGGCUGAUGUUCUGCUGUCUACUGCCACAAUACCCAAAAUGCUCAGCAUAUUCUGGUUCAAUGCCAGGGAAAUCACUUUCAGUGCCUGCUUCACCCAAAUGUUCAUUAUCCAUUUUAUUUUUGUUGCAGAGUCGGCCAUCCUGCUGGCCAUGGCAUUCGAUCGAUACGUCGCCAUCUGUGACCCCCUGAAAUACACCACCAUACUAACGCUUUCAAAGAUAUGGAAAAUUGCAGCAGCAUCUGUCAUCAGAGGGGUUCUCCUGGUGGGCUCCCUUACCUUCUUUCUGAAGAGGUUACCGUACUGCGGACCCAAUGUCAUUUAUCACACGUUCUGUGUGCACAUGGGCAUAGCAUGGCUGGCUUGUGCUGAUAUAACACUCAAUAUUUGGUAUGGUUUAACGGUAGUUCUUCUAACCACAGGGCUAGAUUUUCUGUUUAUUGUUGUGUCCUACAUUCUUAUCCUCCAGGCCGUUUUCCGGCUCCCGUCCAAAGACGCCCGGCUCAAGGCUCUAGGCACCUGCGGCUCCCACAUCUGGGUCAUACUGAUGUUUUACAUCCCUGUCUUUUUCUCAAUCUUCGCACAUCGCUUUGGUGGAGCUAACAUCCCUCAGUAUAUUCUUGUCCUGCUGGCCAACAUCUUUGUAAUCGUUCCUCCCAUGUUAAAUCCCAUCGUGUAUGGGGUGAGAACCAGACAGAUUCGGGAACGAGUGAUUCAGGAGCUCUUCAAGGUUGGCAAAUGA